GUUACUCGAUAGGGACGUCGGGUGCGUGAGUGGAGACUGAGGUUUCUCUGACGGAGAAGGGAACAAGGGCCACGGCGGCUAUGGAACCGAAUGCAGAAUACGGUGCGAACGUACUGAUCUACGCCUACCUCUCUAUGACAUAUCUUGUUCGUGAAGGGAGGAUUUUGUAUAAGAAGAGCAGAGGGAAACGUCGAGUCAAAGGUAUCCGCAGCACAAUCUUACCUUGUGUAGACUACUCUCCCACUUCCUCUCAGCCUGGUGCUUCUUAUAUAUUCCUAUAUAACUCUUAUUUUUCGUUCUAUCCGAUAUUUGGGAUAGAAUUUCGAGUUGAUCUCGCCCUCCUCCUCCUCCUCUCUCCUCCAUCUUCAUUUUAUAUUUGAAAUUUGAAUAAGAGAAAGAAAGAAAAAAGCCGCGAAAAUGUACUUCCCACGCACCCUCCUCCUCGCCCUCACAGCCGCCACCGGCAUCUCCGCCCAUGGCGUCGUCACCGAAGUCAAAGGCGCAAACGGUGUUUCCAUGCCUGGCUUGACAAUCCAAGACGGGACGCCUAGGGAUUGCUCAUCCAAUGGAUGCGGCUCCCAAGCUGACACAGCUAUCAUCCGCGACCGCGAAAUCGCAAGCGGCAAGACAGGUCCCCUAGGCCGCACGCAGGGCAACGGCAACGUCGAUGCUGCGGUCAUGGUCGGCGCGUUCAUGGGAUCGGGGGCUGCGCCGCCGGCGAACCAGGGCACGUCGGGGAGUGUUGGGGUCGAAGAUGAUAUUCCACAGAAUGCAGGCGCAGGUGCGCAGCGGAAGCGCCAGUUUCUGAGUAACCUUUUGGGGGGCCUUGGGGGUGGAAGGGGCGGUGGUGCAGGCGGUGCAGGUGCAGCGGGCGGUGCGGGCGGUGCAACGGGGAUUGCGGGAUUGUUUGGAGGUGGUGGUGAUAAGGUUGAUGGACCGCCUGAGGCGCGGGUUGCUGCUGCUGCCGGGGCUGGGGCUACGGGGGGUCUGCCGACUUGUGCAGAUGAUGGGACGGUUACUAUGACGCUUCGUCAGAUUAACCAAGAUGGUGCGGGUCCUUUCACAGCAGACGUCGAUGGUACAUCUGGUGGCACUGAUGAAGCUGCUAUGCAGCCUGCCACUGUCACUCAGGACGUCCCUGGUCUGGGCGUCCAGGGCAUCUCGCUAGCGACCAACACGGAGUUUGAGAUGAAGGUCCAGAUGCCUGCCGGUAUGACUUGCGAUGCGACUGUUGCUGGUGUCAACAAUGUCUGUGUCAUGCGUGUCCGCAACGGCGCAGCUGCCGGUCCCUUUGGCGGCUCUGUUGCCUUCACCCAGAGCACUGCGGCCAAGAAGCGUGCUCUUGCCUACAGGCUCAAGAAGCGUAUGGAAAUUGGCCGCCUGCCCUAA